AUGCCGUUCCCUAAUCCAGGGUGGCAUACAGAUGAGCUGGCAGAAGAGUGGCCGGAAAGCUCACCUUCACCACCAAUGAUGCCCGUGGAAUUACCUCCUAUCCCUGGACCAACGAUCAACAUGGACUCGAUCCGAGCGAAGAGAGGCUCUCUCAGAAUGUUGGGUCAAGCCUCAGCAAGGCCAUUACCACGUUCCAGGAGUGCCAGCUCUGGAUCACAACCUGGUAGAAUAGUCUCUGGUCAUGUCGAUAACGGACAGGGUCAUAUACCAAGAUCAAGAUCGAUAUCGCAUAACGAAAAUGGUUUACUGUCACCUCCCUCAUCCAGAUCAUCUUCUGGUGCAGGACAAGAAGGGGCCGGGACAGAAGCUGCAGCUGGAACUUUCGUAGUCAAAGAAGGAGUAGAAGAUAACAGAGGUCAACAUUUAGCUAGAAAUCCAAUGGGCCCCAAAGGCAGUAAAGAUAUAUUUGGUGCUUUACCUUUAGAGAGGAUGUUUGAUCCACCUUCACCACCUACCAAUCCCACAAAUCAAGAGCGACAGUCUCCUCCUUCCAUCCUCGAACCGAUAGCCGAAUCAUCCACCGCUAUCUCUACUCCAACACCCGCUGCACCCGAUCAUGCUCGACGAUCCUCUCAUCCUUACGCACCUGCAAAUCCCUCUAGGCUCAGUAAAUCCGUCACUCCCUCUUCCAAUGAUUCAUUCACUACCACCUCUUCCGCAAACGGAUCCCUGGGUCGAUCUCAUAUCAUCGAACAACAUAUCGUUCACGAAGAAGCAGACUCACUCAUUAGAGAUGACACCCUUCUCGGAGAAGAUGAGGACGAUUCCGUUUUACCUGGAGAAGGUGAAUUCCACACUGCUCCUCAAGGUCAAGAUGGAACGAUGAAGAGCCGUCUUGGGGAGAUAACGUUGAAGUCUGGAGAAGUAGAAACGGAUUUAUCACCUUUCAACCGACGUGGAUCGGGAGACUAUCCAUUCACUUUCAACGCACCUCGACAUCCAUCUGGUAAUAUCUCAUCAGAACGAGGUCAUUCAGAACGGUCCAUUUUCGAUCCUGAAAAUCACAACAACGGGGAAGAAGGGCCAUCUCAUUCGACGCUGAAUAUGAAACCAAAAUCUCGUCCCGCUUUAGAGCAGGUACAGCCUCUCUCUCGGGGAGUAUCUCAACAAUCGUCGAAUCCUGGUUUACGAUUGUUCAGGAGUACCUACGAUACAUAUACUCGAGAGCACUUGUCCGCUCUAGUGGAUAGUAUUGCGAUUGAACCCUCACCUUCACCCCCCGCCGCUCAAAGUAGACAAGCUUCAAGAGAUUGGUCACCCAGUGUCGAGUAUUCAGCUUCCCCUUCUGCCUCGGACUCAAGGUCGACACCAUCGGGUUCUAGCCCAUCGUCUGAUGCUAGAUCAUCAAAGAGAUUAAGACUUUCCCCUGCCUCCCCACCGAAACGAUAUUCUGGUCUGAGAGAUUGGGGUGCUCAAGGAAGAGCGAUGAUGGAGAAAAUAAGAGGAAGAGAUACGGCAGAUGAGACUACCACUAGUGCAAGUAAAAGUCAGGACACCGCGAGUGAUCCUCAUGCGUAUGAAAUGGAUGGACCAACUAUUGAUUACGCCGCAUUACCCCCUACGCCUCCUCUCGACCGAGCUUCUCCCCGUCAACCUACCGACAAACCCACUCAUCGUUCCAAUCCUUCCACCACGUCUUCUGGCUACCUCAGAGCAGCAGAAGAUAUCAUGGCUCGAAUCAAAUCUCGAAAAGUGUCUGAAUCCGCUUCUGGUGUAGAAAAUAGUCCAGUUGCUAUCGGAGGUCGACGAAUAUUAUCUGAAUCAGAUGAGAAUCGAAUGUGGGAGGAAGGAGCUGAGGAUUAUGCUCGAUCUCGCUCUAAUGCUAAGCCUCGAACUGGACCUAGUCCCCGUAGAAUACUUAGACGACUCAGUGCUUCUGAAGAGAUUAAGCGAGUUGCCGAAGAGGAUUCUGGCAGCAGUGAUGAACAACCUCAACCUCUUCGAAGUAGUCUACCGAAACACCGUCAGCAAUUGGAAGAACGACGGCCGACGAGUCGAGCUUCCACAUCAAGUAAUCCUAAUCUUGGUGGGCCGUCCCAACCUGCUCAAGCACCGUUCGACGCUGAUGAUCUGAAUCGUUACAUGUCAUCCUCCACUCAUGCCACUUCCACUACCAUCUCAACUUCGUUCGUCAAACAUCGUGGACCUAAAGCUGUCUCUUCCGGACCAGCUCAUGGAAUGAGGAUGAUCCGACCGGACGAUGUCCAAGGUGUAGUCCCUGAUAGGAUUGGCAAAAUGAGAUUUGACAGAGCCGGUAUGAGGUGGGUACGAGAGGAGCUAGGACCAGUGGACGAAGCUGGAGAAAGUAGAUUGGGAGGGAGUGAAGAAUCUGUCGAUGUAUUUGCCGGCAUGGAGAGUCUGCCUGAUGAUACUCAACGGAACAAUACCAAUGGGAAUGUGCAUACGGUACAUCAAGCGGAGAUAUCGGUAUUCAGCGUCAGCUCGACAUCUACCUCUGAUAAUGGUGAUGUGAUACUACAUGAAGCAGAGAGGACUAGAAUUAUAGAUGACGAAGAAUCGGAGAUGAUGUCCGAAUCGGAAGAAGAAGAAGAAGCAGAAGAUCCUACUGAAGUACCACCAAUCCGACCAUCAGCGCCUUCACCAAAAUCGGUUGAGCCGGUAUCUCCUCAUCGCCCAAUGAUACAUCAUGCAUCUACUGCACCGGCAAUAAUGACUCCCACCCCAUCCGCUUACGCCCCUAAACCUAUUCGAUCGGCACUGCGAAAUGCCCCCACCCCAGCUGGAGUAUUCAAGAAACGUACGGGCUGGUCGGACGAGGUCACCCCUGCUGGUACGAGAGGAGCUACACCUGGAAGUAGCGGCAAGCGAUCGGUCAGUUUCUCCGACGGCAAGAAGACUGGCAAGAUCGUUGGUCUGGAAGUUGAGAUCAGAACUACCGCUGCUCGAUGGAGUACAACGGAAGAGAAUGAUCUUUUCAAUGAGGAUUCGAGUAGUCAUAACACUGGAGAGAACAGUAAGAGCUUCUUACCUAGUGCUAGAACGAAGAGGAUCCAGAAUCUCUUGGAGGAUAUGGAAGAAAUGAGUCUCGAAGAUGAAACUCCCUCGAAACCCUCUCGAGCCGUUGAGAGACCGGCUUCAAGGGCUUCUUCGGCCCAUUCAUCGGAUUCAGAAUCCACUGUCCCUAUUCGAUCGUUCCGUGGAAGAUCCUUCAGAGCCCAUACGCCUAGAAAUCCAGGAGACGCAACGUUCCUCACUGAAUGUUCGUUCGGUGUAGCCCAUGAUAAACUGGUAGAAUUGAUUACGGAUGUUCAUCCUUUCGAAGCUCAUUGGGAGGAAUUGAAGAGUAUAAAUCUCAAAGGGAAAGGAGCGGACAGUGUGGCGAGAUUGAAAGAAUUUUUACCUGCUCUUGACGAGGCUAACUUGGAUGAUAACGCCAUUUCAUACCUUAGUGGUAUACCUUCGACAGUCAGGAAUCUCCACGUUGCUGGCAAUAAGCUUACUAGCUUGACUUCGGUGAACCACCUAAGGAAUCUUCAGUAUCUGGAUAUAUCGCGAAAUCAACUUGAUAGUGUUGCUCAGCUUGAAUGUCUCAGACAUCUUCGCGAGCUCACAGUCGACAAUAAUGCCAUAACAGACUUAUCGGGUAUCAUGGACAUGGAUUGUCUGAUCAAACUCUCAUGCGCGAACAACCAAGUCGAAAAUUUGGAUUUGAGUAAUGCUAAAUGGAGCAAGAUGGAGACCAUCAAUCUUGCGAAUAAUAGAAUAAGGAAUGUUAGAGAUCUGCACAAGUUAUCUUCGGCAGCUUCUAUCAACUUCGAUGGUAACCAGCUCGAACACCUCGAGCCUUCUCGACCUAUGACGAGUGUACGAGUACUCCGAUUCAGCGAGAACAAUAUCGAUCAUUUCGAUUUAUCACUUUUCCCCAAGGUCCGAACUCUCUAUGCUGAUGGAAACAAGUUGACUCAUCUAUCAAGAUCGUCUUCUUCCUCUUCAAAUGGAAGAUUGGAGAACCUGUCACUAAGGAAUCAACGAUUAACUAUACCAUUAAAGUUGGUUUACAAAGAUUUGGAAAAUAUCAAGAGAUUAUACCUAUCUGGUAAUUCCCUAUCUGACGGUUUCUUCCCUUCGCCCUCUUCACCACUGUACGCUCUGGUCUAUCUUGAAAUUGCAGCUUGUCAAUUGACGGAAUGGCCAAAUUUCUCAAAAUUACUACCGAAUUUGAAAGUACUGAACAUGAAUUAUAAUUACCUGAAAAACCUUAAUGGUGUAAAGGGAUUGAGAGGUUUGAGGAAGUUGACGUUGGUAGGUGGUCGAUUGGGUAGUGAAGAAUCGAAUAAUAAAGGUAUUCUGGAAGGGUUGAAAGGGUUAGAUAGUUUGGAAGAAGUUGAUUUUAGAAUGAAUCCAUCAACAUUAUCUUAUUAUUUCCCACUACUCCUUCCUUCAUCUUCUUCCACACCACAAUCAGCCCUUGACCCAUCUUCUUCGAAGGGUCUCGUGGGCGCUCCAGCAUCUAUAUGGCAAUCUUACGAUUCGAGAUUCCGUAAGAACCUCCCUGAUGAAUGGUACUCCAAACGAUUAGUUUACCGUGGUUUGGUCAUGUCGACUUGUCCCAAUUUGAGGAGAUUAGAUGGGAUACAGAUUGAAGAUGGAGAGAGAAAAAAGGCAGAGCAGUUGUUGAAAGUUGCUUUCAGAAGACGGAUCUAG